CCUUCGAUUUCUGGGACUUUUGCUCCAUCGAACGCCUCCAGCUACAAUGCGGCCUCUGACAGAAGAAGAGAGCAAAGCUCUUUUUACGAAACUAGCAAACUACAUCGGCAAGAAUCUGGUCCAUUUAAUCGACAGACAAGACGAGCCAUAUUGCUUCCGCCUACAGAAGGACAGAGUGUUUUAUGUCUCGGAGUCGUCUAUGCGUCUAGGCAUCUCCGUUGCACGCCCAAGUCUGAUCAGUCUCGGAACGUGUUUCGGCAAGUUCUCAAAGAGUGGAAAGUUUAAGCUGCACAUCACAGCACUCGACUACUUGGCGCAAUAUGCAAAAUACAAAGUUUGGAUCAAACCAAACGGCGAGAUGCCGUUUCUAUACGGAAACCAUGUUCUCAAAGCACAUCUUGGUCGUAUCACGGAGGAUACGCCGGAGCACCAGGGAGUUGUUGUGUUCAGCAUGAAUGAUAUACCAUUAGGCUUUGGUGUGACCGCCCGUUCCACUGUGGACACGAGAAAGCUUGAUCCCACCGCCAUCAUCGUAUUCCACCAAGCCAUGACUUCGAGCGAUCCGUACUCCCAAUGGGCGGCCUUGCCGGACAACGAAUUAACUGUGCAGAAGGUAGAAGAGCUGUUGAAGCCUGUGCAGGAUGAUCUAUGGGUUGCAGCUGCUUGUACUGACCGCAUAGUCGACGAUGCAACCGUGCAGCGUUCCUUCACUGACCUCGGGAUUGAGAGGACGCAAGCCGCAAUACUCCGUUGCGAGGACGCAUAUGCGGACACAAGCCAUGGUACCUCGGACGAGCAUGCCGACGAAAAUGGCUCGGAAGGCAAGACAGAGGACAGACGGCAAGAGUCACUUGUCUCUCACUUCAAAGCUGAGCCCAUAGAUGCACAGCUGUGCCGCAUACGGGCAGUUUUACUGGAUCGUCUUGACAGGCUCAACACUUUCGUGGAGAUCUGCAAACAAAUUCCGGCGACGAAGGAGAGUUCCGAGGACGUCGUGGAAGAUGAUUGGAAGGAUGACCCAUGGGCAGAAGAAACGAACGAACCCUCCCCCGAAACUGCACCCUCAUCUCCUAACGAACCACCUAUAUCACUCUCUACCUUCCUCACCGCGGAUUUACUUGACGUGGCAUGUCUGCUCGCCUCAUCGGGACAAUCAGCUGCAUUGCGCAUCUUGAUGGAACGGCAUGGGUUAUCCCUAUGGCCCAAUCGCUUCUCCAUUCUAGAUUGUGUCCCAGAGCACACUCUCUUCACUCAAUUUCGGGAGCUGCUGCCUGUGUAUGAUCCGUUUACGGACAGGGAGCAAAGAAUGGAACAUCAUCCGUGGAGGACAGAGUCAGACUUUGCUGAGACCGCCGCACUCAGCACAGCCCUCACUGACUGUGGCAUAUCCCUCAACGUGGAGGCCGUCCAUCAGCGUUCGAGUGAUUGCACUUCUCAAGGCGAGCCGUUAUCCGCCACGGAACUCACGAAGUGGUACCAGGGGAAGAUAGAUUCUAUCAUUUCGUCGACAGGCAUGAUUGAUGCUGCAUUGUCCUUGGUACAACAUGCUGCAUCGCAAGGUCUGCCUGGCCUGGACGGGGUCGGAGAGGAGCUCAGUCUUCUGUCCAGACUUGCGUACGACGCACCCGGUGCGUCAAAUAACACGGAGGACGAAUGGACACUGGCUCGUUGGAAGUCUUUGGAACCAUCUGCAGCCAUUCAUGCAUACCUUGCGCGAUCUACUCCACGCACUGUGGCAAAGGACAUCAGAAAACUUGUCAUGCCAUAUCUAUUCGUCCUCGAGUCUCGCGCAGAACGUGCAGGCGAACCAGAUCCCUCUCUUUCAACUCGUCUCCUCUAUGAGUAUAUCUUAGAAGCACCGUUGGACAUUGUAGCAGCCGUCUUCGAGGCUUCGAAACCGACUUUGGCCCCAGCACAGAGAUUGAUACGGAAUGACGAAGACAUGGCGCGUUUAGCACUUGCAUGCCUGUACGGCAGCGAUAGUCUAAACGAGUGGCCAACUAUGAGCCGUAUCUUCGAGUGCUUGCCUGCGUGGGAUACUGCACAGGACGAGGACGAAGCAGACGAAGCGGAUACGACCAUUGCGUCUCUCGGGACCUACGUUACACCGUCCACCAGACAUCCUCGAUGCACGCCAGCGGAUCUCAUGGUUUUCUUCAAGCCUCUUCCUCUCUCAUCACUGUCUCGUGCUCUCGAUGUGCUAGAUGUCCACCUAGAAUCAGGAGAGAUUCUAGAGAGGUGGAAUGUUCCGGCACCGUUACGGUGGUUCUUGCAGAGCAACGGUAGCAUCACAGAGCAGCGUUCUUGGGCAAACAGGAUGGCACGUCAGACUGGAGCUCAUAAUGACAAGCUUGAGUCACAGGGGGAUUGGGAAUGGCUCCUCGAAGAUAUGCUCAAGCUCUCCGAGUCUGGGGACAGCGGUGCUUGGAGUGCAUUCUGCCUACUCUCUGGAGACGACGUUACUCGUAUCUUCUUCAGCGGCCUCUUGAGCACGGGCAGGUUUGACAUUGCGAAGAGCAUGCUGCGUUCGAGGCAUGCUCGGUUUUCCAUGGAACCGCGUGUGAUUGAAGAUAUCUGUUUGACAUGCUCCCGUGAGUUCUACGAAAAUGCGAGUUCCGGCAACUACCAUUUCGGUGAGAUGAAACUCGCCUACGACUGUUUGGACAUCCCCACGCCGUCUGAAGCCACAAUUAAAGAGAAAGAGUUCAUCGAAGCAACUUCGCGUCUGUGUUCGUUCAACGUCAUGUCCCGUCCCGGCACUCCAAUCACCCCGCUUGAAAUUCGCCUAACGAAGGAUCGUCUCUCUUUGAUUUCUCGGGUGCUUUCCAGUAACAACGAUGCAUAUAAGCACACCCAAGUCAUAUUGGGGCUCGUGCACAAGCUGGGCUUCCGCGGAGACCUCGCGGCAGAGAUAAAGACUCUUGCUAUGCUAGUCGAAACAGCGUUGCAAGCGGAAGACUUCAGCCGGGCAUAUGAAACAGCGGAGAGAAUGGUUGACACUACUUUGAAGCUAAGAUCGUCUGUUCCUGCAGACCUUGAGAACUCGCAUGUGCAAGAAGCAAGCGAGGUCUGCUGGAUGGCCUGCUUCUCCUUAGGGCGACAUCCAGAAUUCAUGGAUGUGCAGAAGAAGAUGAUACUGCUAGGUCGCGCCCUCGAGCUGUGCCCUGCUGACAGACUCGCCGACAUUCUCAAUGUAUGGUACCGGGCAGAGGAAGACGACCUCAAGGCUCGGCGAGAGCGGCUACAGUCAUCUAUGAAUGGUGCUCGCAAAGCAAAAACACGCAAACGUGCUGUCGCAAGCGACCGCGACACCGUCUCUUCGCUCACAACUCGCUUACAGCAGCUCCGUAUGCCAGACUUGCAUAUGCCACAUUCACCGCUCGUCAAUGCUCCUGAUGCAGCAGCAUUUGCGAAAAAGGCAUUCAGUGGCGUUGCCGCCAAUUUUCCCUUCUCAGUUGGCGGCCGAGGUCGAACCCACGUUUCAGAGGAGGACAGUUGGUCGAAUGGGAGCAGAGAAGGGAGCAGGUCAAGACCUGACCAUACUGAUGUAUCCGCCCAAGCAACUCGUGUGCUGCAGGCGGGCAUCGGCUGGCUACUGGGUGCUGACGAGGAGGAGUAA